AUGUCUGACACCGACAAGACCACUGCUGCCAAUGGCUCUGCUCCCCAGUUCACCGAGCGUGAGCUUCAACUCCUGGGUUGGGCUAUGCAGUCACUCAAGUCUGGUCCUCCAGAGAUCGACUACGAUAAGCUUGCUGCCUUUGCUGGCAUGAGCAACCCGCGCUCUGCCAGCAACGCCUGGGCCAAGAUCAAAGUCAAGUUGAUAACUCCUGCUGCCGACGGCACUGUUCCACCUACUCCAAAGAAGACUCCUCGCGCUAAGAAGGCUGUUGCUCCUAAGAACGAGGGCGACGAAGUAGAUGGAGAUGCCAUUCCUAAGGCAACGCCUCGCAAGCGUGCUUCUAAGAAGCAGGAUGUCGAUGGUGACUCUUCCCCCAAGAAGAAGCCUGCUCGUGGCAAGGCAGCUAUUAAAGAAGAAGAAGGUGAGUACUUGUUGAGACAUGCCAUGCAACUCUUGCAAUGCUGA